AAACUACAAGAAAAAAAACGUAGAAGACAAGAAAAUGAAUUUUGGUCUUUAUGGAUUAAAGAUAUGAUUAUCAAAAAUCAUAGACUUGAUUUUUUUAAAGAAGAAGAAAAUAAAUUUAGGCAAUCUAUCCAAAACACACCAAUUGAAAAUGAAGAUUCUGAUAUCAAUGAUGAUAUCAAUGAAAUUGUUGAAAUUACAGAAGAAAAUUCUAAUUCUGAAACAGAUGAAAAUACAGAAGAAAAUUCUGAAACUUCUAAAUUAGAAAUUGUUAACAAAUCAGAAGUUAAUAAUGAAAAUUUAACUAAUUACAAUAAUUAUAUUAUGAUUAUGAUUAUUUUAAUUUUAUUGAUUAUAAUGAUAAUAUAA